AUGGUUUCGAUAGCUGCAUCCUGGCAGGGUGGCAAAGGCGCACGGGAACAACAGAAGAAGCUACACUGUGAUGAAAACGAAAAUUUGCUCUCUAAUGAUGAACGGGGCAUCAAAGCCAUUGAAGAUGCUGUACCCAUGAGUGGCCCGUCGACCAGCGGAUCGCGACCGGACCACUACUGCCCUGGCGCCGACAUGAUGGGUAUGACGCUGCGAGACACCGCUGCGUUCGAGUAUUGCGCUCUGCCAGCCGAUACCGAAUGCCGUGUUGUUCGCCCACGCGGCCUGCCUGCCGACUGCCUACGGGACGACGCUCCUGAUGACGAUGACCCACGUACGCAUCUCUACCGGCGAGAAGGCGCUGAUUGGAAUAUUGACGGCAGGAAAGGGGAUGCGGAAGGUGGUCGGGCGGCUGCAAACGGCCCUUCCACUUAUAUAUCACUUCCUCCUUCUUCCACCUCCAAACGCAGCAAUUUGGUCGCGUUCGGCGAGGAAGUCGACAUCUUCUACAAUAGUCUCUUUGACAGCAACGUCAACGUCUUUGCCCGCCCCAUGCCAACGGGCCCUUCCACCUACUUCCACCCAACAGAGGAAUUCUGGUCCCUGCCCACCAACUUCCUUCCAUACCACAUUCGCAGUCGAAUACGACUGCUGGACUUCAUGCCGGCCGGAAUGGAUUGCCUUGCUGACUUGUAUACCACCAGAAUAUCAACAUCACUCACCAUGACGCCUGCGCCUGCGUCCACGGUGGCCCCCUGCGCUCGACCAUCGGCAUCUCCACCGGGAUUUAUGACUACAUGCGCCUGCCAUCCCGUUGACGAGGUGGCGAGACUCGACAAGAAGUACAAGCAUGACAUUGACGUGGUGGUCGGCCCCGGCAUGGUGGCCGGCCUCGCCGACUCGCUCAAGACUACGCUCGGAAUGGCCGACAACAUUGCGGUGGUAGAGUUCAUAGACUGUGUCAAAGGUAAACAUGAGCCGCGCCGCAUCAUCGUGCCGGCCAGCAGCACGGGUAUUCAACCUCAGCAACUCCCAAACGUCGACAGACCCGUGAAGCCGCGUCACGCGAGUGUCGCACCCUCAAUUGCGAACCCCUCGACCCUCAUACCGCCAAUGACCCCGACUUUACGCCUGACAGCCGCGGUCGGCUAUCCGGCCCCCGCCGUUUAUCCGGCCGUGUCUGGCUUCAUCGUUAGGAUCGGCCCGAUCUGGAUGUCGAUAUACGAGUUCCGCUUCUCGGCUACGAGCGUUCGUGGCGUCUUUGCAAAGCCGUCUGCGGACGACCAAGACCGCAGGGUCGUCCAUCGAUGGGAUAAACACGGGAUGGCGUCGAUUCAGGGGCACAACAGGGCACAGAGAUCGAGGCUAUCGAAGACAGCCGACAGGAGCGCGAGAUGGUGGCUCAUGCCCGCCGGCCCGACAACGCUGACCCUGACCCACCGGUACGGCUGGACCGUCCGCAAGACGGUUGCGAUGCCGGGCAUCAUACUAGCGCUAACGAUCGCGACCUUCGUAAUUACCAGUCUUCUCUACUACGAUAUACCGAGGGGCUUCCUUUCGACGGAGGAUAACUGCCUUAUUACCUCGAUAGCUAUCGGACCGGACGACGCCUCUUUUAAUACCAUCUUGGCCCUCCCGAUCGCGCUCUGGCCGAGGUGGGUCGCCGAGGGUUCAUCGCUCGUCGUAAAGAAAGGCUGGCCCGUCGAUGCUGACAUGGAGACGCCCGUCCACGUGGAGCCGGAUCCUGGGACAUAUAUGGACCCCCGGAGCGAUCCCUUUUGUGUAGGCAUUAAUCGCGACGACGACAUGCCGGGCCCUAGCGGCGCUAUCGGCAGCGCUGACCGCCUAGGAACCGGAUGCCGCGCCGACACUGGCCGAAAGCGCCCGGCUCUAGGUCGAAGACUUCAUUCUGGAUGCUGCAGGAAGACCUAUUUCACGCUUUCAUCGUCCUUGGGCGUCGACAGCACCGGCGCGCCGAUCAGCGUCUUCGUCGAGGUAAACCGUCAACGGAACCACGACGCCUCCCUCAACCCGGACCAACAUGAACAAACCAUCGGCCUAGGCUGCGAGAGCUUAUGGCUCGUGAUGAAUGCCUGUGUUGGUGUCAUCGGCAUCACCAACCAAGACCAUCACCAAGGCCGCGACAACAACGACCUGAGCUUUUAG